AUGGACUCAGUGCCAUGCGGCCCUGAGGAUGUGAAGGCCAGUGUGGCCUGCGUGACCGGCGAGCUGACGGUCACCUGGAACAUCUCAGUUCCAGCUGAAAACUACACCACGACCAUCUCCAGAGGGAUGGGUAGCCCCCUGCACUGUAACUCCACAGAGACAAAUUGCACAACGGGAGACUUGUUGUGUGGAAGCUCCUACACAGUGGUGGUCUUCUCCGUCACCGGGACGUGCUUCAGUUUUCCAAGCAAAGAGGUCACAGUGCAAUCGUUACCGUGUCCUCCCACCAACAUCUCAGCCGUGCACACAUGUGCGCCGCAUCCAGUUCCCGUGUCGUGGGUGGCCAGUGACAGCGCUAAAUACUACACUGCUGUAGCUGUGAGCGGCAGAGGUCACAGGUCAGAGUGCAUGACCAACACAACUUCCUGUGGCCUCCCUGGACUCCGGUGUGGGGAGGUUUACAGCAUCGGUGUUUCAGGAGCUGAUGACAACUGCACGGGUCAACUGAGUGGCACAGUUUCUUUGAACACAGAGCCCUGUCCUCCCUCUAAUGUCUCCAGCCACCUCAUCUGUAAAGCCAACAUGGCUUUCGUGUGGUGGGCCCCCAGUGCGAAUGCAGUGAGCUAUGCUCUGACAGCCACCAGCAACAGUCACACCAUGAACUGCAGCAGCUCCAGCCCCAACUGCACGCUGAGGAACCUGCUCUGUGGCGAGCCGUACGACAUUAUGGUGACUGCCACCGACGGCACCUGUGUCAGCAACUACAGUGCCCCUUACAGACAAGAUGAAGUACCCUGCGCUCCACUGAACAUCACUACAAACUUGCUAUGUGGCACCAAUGACGUGCUGGUCCGCUGGAGCCUCUCUGCAGUUCCCCUCAACUACACUGUCACCGCCAUGCUGCUGCCUGGAAAUGUUAGCUCAGCCAGCUGUGACACGCACCAGGCCAACUGCACACUGAGUGGUCUUCAGUGUGGACAGACUUACAAUGUCUCUGUCAAAGCUUCCUCUGGCAGCUGCACUGGACCGUGCAGCCCCCCACAGACUGUUCAGACAGCACCGUGCCCUCCUCAGAGUUUAACAGCAGUGACAGACUGUGGUGCAGACUCUCUCCUGGCCUCCUGGAACGCCUCCCUUGGUGCGACCUCCUACUCAACGACAGUGACGGGGCCCAACGGCUUCUCUAAGACAUGUUCCUCAUCCAGCCUCACAUGUUCUGUCUCCGGCCUGCAGUGUGCCAGUCAGUACAACGUCACAGUGACAUCGGAGGACGGCUACUGCUCCAGCUCUCCCACACAAACUGCUUUGACGACAGGUCCAUGUGACCCUGUCAACGUCACCAGCGCCCUCCAGUGUGGUUCAGACAUGGCCACAGUGUCCUGGGAGGCUGCUGCUGGCGCCGUGGCCUACACUGUGCACGCUCACGAGGAAAACUCUCAGCACUAUGCUCGCUGUAGGAGCAAUACAACUUCCUGUCAGCUGAGUCAGCUGCGUUGCGGAAAGGUUUACAACCUGACUGUGACGUCUGAGGACGCAACCUGUAACAGCACCGGAAGCAUCAAAACAACCCUCAUGACAGCUCCUUGCUCUCCCUCUAUCCAGAACAGCAACCUGAUCUGUGGCACCAACUCUUCCUCUUUGUCAUGGACGCUGAUGGCCGAUGCCACAGGUUAUGUAGUAAACGCGACAGCCACAAACGGGCAUACAGUUUCAUGCACCUCAGCUUCUGCUACGUGCAACUUAACAGACCUCCUGUGCAGUGAAACCUACAUGACCACCAUUACUGCACGGGGAAGGGAGUGUGACAGCGCACCUAGCUCCAGCACCAACAUUACCACUACUCCCUGUUCUCCCACGAUCAUGUCUAAGCAAUACACGUGUGAGACCAACACAGCAGUGUUCAGCUGGACUGAACCCCUGGGACGCCUCGGCUUCCUGGCUCAGGUGGCAGGUGUAGGCUAUCAGGACAGCUGCCAGACUACAAAUACCAGCUGUGCGUUCCAAAAUCUUCCUUGUGGCUUGGAUUUACACCUGACAGUCGAGGCUCAGGGGGCGAAGUGCAACAGCACCCCGAGUGUCAGCAAAUCUCUUCAAACAGUCCCGUGCGCGCCAACGAAUGUUAGCGCCACUCUGGUCUGUCUCAAUCACUCAGCCCUGGUGUCGUGGGUAGGAAGCGCCGGUGCCACACGAUACAACGUGACAAUGAUGGGCCGGGAUGGACACACACCCCACUGCAGCACCAACUCCACCAGCUGUCAAAUACCUCACAUCCACUGUGGUGAAACCUAUGGCAUCGUGGUCACACCGUUCUCUGACACGUGUGCAGGGAACCCAAGUGCAGUUUACAGCUUUAGAGCAGGUCUUUGUGCUCCCAGGAACGUCACCGUGUCUCCAGCGUGUCAGGACAGCAUCGUCUCCUGGUCUAAUGUCACAGGGGCUGAGAUGUUCAUAGCAACGGCAACUGCAGCUGAUGGCCACACUCACACUUGCAGCUCAAACUAUUCCAACUCGUGCAACUUCACCGACCUCCACUGUGGGGGAACCUACGCUGUCACUGUUGUGACUGUGGACAGGGGCUGCAGCAGCAAGCCGAGCUCAGCUGUGCAUCUGAGAACUGCUUUGUGUCCGGCUACUAACUUGACGGGCCAAGUCAGUUGUGACACCAACACGCUGACCCUCACAUGGGACCAGAGUGCAGAGUCUGGGGUCAGCUAUUCUCUAAAGACUGAGAGGAUUGGUGGUGCAGUCCCCCCUUCGGAGUACACCACCUCUAACACCUCCCACACGAUGACAAACCUGCAGUGCGGUCAGAGAUAUGCAUUCAGCAUCGCAGCACAGGAUGGAAGCUGCCGCAGCAGCUACGGCCCACCCAUAGAAAUAAGCACAGCCCCUUGUCAGCCAACCAACUUCACAGCUCGUGUGGAUUGUGGGACCAACAAAGGGAAUUUCUCCUGGGCUGAGACGAUCGGAGCAGGUUUCUACACUGUGCAGGUGACGGGACAGCACGGACACGUAGCCUCCUGUUCCUCCAACGACACCUCCUGUGCUGUAAAGCUUCACUGUGGCCGGUCAUACUCUGCUUCGCUGGUGGCUUCAACAGAGAGCUGCAACAGCAGCAAGCAUGUUGACAUCCAUUUUGAGUCUGCUCCCUGCCUCCCACAAGACGUCUUAGCCCAGUUAGAGUGCAACAACAACGUGAUGAAUGUGAGUUGGACACAGACCUCAGGCUCAGAUGAUUACACCGCCUGGGCCAUCAGCACUGACGGACACAGAGCCUCCUGCAACACCACGUCCAACUCCUGCUCCAUUCAUAAUCUGCUGUGUGGCAAGGUUUACGAGGUGGCCGUCACCUCGUCCUCCAUCCACUGUGAAGUCAUCGCUGGCUCUGACUACGCGGUUCAGUCUGCUCCUUGUAAACCUGAGAACACUUCUGUCGACCAGAACUGCAGCAGUAAUGUCCUGACGGUAAUGUGGAGCCAGACCGGCACAACACAGAACUACACCGUUAAAGCCACGUCUGCUGCAGGUGUUAACUCCACCUGUGACUCCACUGAGGGCAGCUGCUCCUUCCUGGACCUGAGCUGUGGUCAGCUCUACACCUUCACUGUGACGGGACACACUAAUGUGUGCAUGAGCGAGAUGAGCUCCCCUAUCGACAAGCUCACUGCCCCGUGUCCUCCCACCAACGUGUCCGCGAACCUGAACUGCUCGACACGUGACGCUGUGGUCAGCUGGAACAGCGCCACUGCGUCUACGGCCUACAGCGUCCAAGCGACCACCAACUAUGGACACAACUCCUCCUGCAGUGUAAUGGGCACAUCCUGCAACCUCAACAACCUGGUCUGUGGCCAGGAAUACUCUGUCACUGUGGAGGCGAUGCAUACGGGCUGUCCUGGCCCUGCUAGUGCCCCUGUUACACUUACUACAGAGCCCUGUGUUCCCAUGAAUCUGUCCGUCCACUACAAUGUGAGCACUGCCCAGGUGAUGUGGGGGGCAGCAAAAGGUGCCACAUCUUACUCUGUCCAGGCUGUGACUGAUCAGAGCCCAGCGGCCACCUGUAACACCAACAACACCAGCUGCCUCCUGAACGGCCUGCAGUGCGGUCAGAUUUACAAUGUGACCGUGACGGCACACAACCUUGGCUGUGACAGUCUGAUCUCUAACACCCAUCGCCUCAUGACAGAGCCCUGCCCACCCACCAACAUUCAAGCCAGUGCGACAUGUGAGCAACUCACCGCGUCUGUUUCCUGGCAGCAGAGCGCCCUCGCCGUGGGUUAUGUCGCCUACUUUGACAACCAGAACGGACACAGCGCUUCCUGUGUUGGCACAGAAGCAGAUACCGGAUGCAUGGUCUCAGGACUGAUGUGUGGCGCAGUAUACAGGGUCUGGGUCAAGGCGCUGGGACGGCAGUACAACAGCUCUGACAGCAACGUCACCACUCUUACAACAGGACCAUGCAAGUCGAGCGGCAUUGAAGCCAUCGUGGACUGUGAAGCCGACACUGCUACCAUAUCCUGGCAGCCCAGCGUUGGAGCCACAAGUUAUGUGUCUGAGCUCACUGCAUCAUCGGGCCACACCACCAAAUGCACCACCAACUACACCAACUGUGUGCUGCGCUCCCUGCAGUGCGGAGAAGAAUACAAUGUUACAGUGAAAUCUAUGGGAGAUACCUGCAACAACACUGCACAAAUGGCAGGAUACCUCACCACAGAGCCCUGUGUCCCCAUGAAUCUGUCCGUCCGCUACAAUGUGAGCACUGCCCAGGUGAUGUGGGGGGCAGCAAAAGGUGCCACAUCUUACUCUGUCCAGGCUGUGACCGAUCAGGGCCUGACGGUCACCUGUAACACCACGGACACCAGCUGCCCUUUGAAUGGCCUGCAGUGCAGUCAGAUCUACAAUGUCACUGUGAUGGCACACAACCAGGCCUGCAACAGCUCUGUGAUUUCUGCACCCUACCGCCUCAUGACAGAGCCCUGCCCACCCACCAGCGUUCAAGCCAGCAUGGCGUGUGAACAGCUUACUUCGACAGUUUCCUGGCAGCUGAGCAACCUCGCCGUGGGUUAUGUUGCGUACUUUGACAACCAGCAUGGACACAAGGCUUCCUGUGUUGGCACACACACAGAUACGUACUGUGCUGUGUCAGGACUGAUGUGUGGCACAGUGUACCGCGUCUGGGUCAAGGCUUUGGGGCAGCAGUACAACAGCUCUGACAGCAACGUGUUCUCACUUACAUCAGCUCCUUGUCUGCCAAGAGAGGUGGAGGUAAAGGUCAGUUGUAACUCUGAUGGUGCUGCCGUUGUGUCCUGGAACGCCACGUAUGGCACAGCAAACUUUUCUUUGACAGCCAUCGUCAGCGGAGGCCUUCAGACUCUGUGUGAGACUCAGCAGCACAGCUGUAACGUGACGGGUUUGAGUUGUGGGGAAACCUACAACCUCAGCCUCACCGCCACCAACGAGCAGUGCAGCCUCACAGCGCCGACACACACCAACCUCACCACACGUCCUUGUCCACCUCGUCGUGUGGCAGUCAACCUGCAGUGUGGCUCUCGCACCGCAGCCCUGUCCUGGGAGGAGCGGUCUGAUGUGGAGAUGUACAAAGCGAGCGCCAUCAAGACAUCAGGAGGGGAGGUGAAGAGCUGUAACUCUACCGGCUCCACAUGUCAGUUUCCGGGGCUGGACUGUGGAGAGACGUACAACUUCACUGUAACAGCAUACAGUCAAGGCUGCUGCAGCGAAGCCAGCAGCACCGUGUUCAUCCAAACAGAGCCGUGCCAGCCUGAGAAUGUGUCUGCUCACACAUUUUGUAACAGUUCAGAGGUCCAGAUCUCCUGGAGCCAAGCAAGUGGUGUCGUCAAUUACUUGGUUACAGCCACAGGAAGCCUUGGUUAUGUGGAGAGCUACAACACAACCCAGACCCUCCUGUCUGCUGCUCUACCAUGCGGACAGGACUACAAUGUCACUGUGCAAGGACGAGGCAGCGAGUGCGACACCCUCCCCAGCAGCCCUGCCUUCUUCAAAACUGCUCCAUGUGUCCCCUACCAUGUCACAACCUAUGUACAGUGUAUGUCUAACGUGGGCUCUGUCAGCUGGGGAUCCAGCGAUGGCGCUGACAGAUACGUUGCAGUAGCAACUGGGCUCGAUGGUCAAAGCCAUGUGUGUUACACCAACACCACCUCCUGCACCUGGAACCACCUGCACUGUGGAGAGCGGUACACUGUUGUGGUGAGGGCGAAGGAUAACAACUGCACCAGCCUGCCCAGCAACAGCUCUGUCAUCUAUAUGGAUCCCUGCGUGCCCCAGAAUUUGUCUGCCGCUGUGGAUUGCAGUAUGAAAGUCGUUUCUCUGAGCUGGGAUGCCAGUAAUGGCACAAAGUUCUACAAUGUAUCGGCCGAUGCUGGAAACCAGACAACCGGACUCACCACUAAUCUCACCACAGCCCACUUCUCUGGCUUCACCUGUGGACAAACCUACAGCCUCACAGUGACACCUCACAGCCACCACUGUCCUGGAGACUCAAGUGCUCCAGCCUCCGUGCAGACAUGGCCGUGUCCACCUGCAGGAAUCUCUGCCACGCAGGACUGUCUGUCCAGCAUCGUAAUGGUAACCUGGCAGACCACCAAUGGGUCGGACUACUACACAGCCAACAUGCAGACCGACACCGGCAUCUCAAACAUGUGCAUGUCCGCCUCCGAUCGGUGCAGCGUCCCCGGUCUGAUCUGUGGUUACAACUUCACUGUGUCGGUCACAGCCUCCAACCAGCAGUGUAACAUCACCUCCAGGCACAGUAGCAGUCUGCAGUCAGUGCCGUGUGUUCCCACUAACGUCUCAGUGGUGAAUGACUGUCACAACAACUCCGCUGUUGUGUCCUGGUCCGCCAGCCGCGGUGCUGUACAGUACUUAGUGACGGCCAACAGUAGCUAUGGCAACGUCAGCUGGCAGACCUCUGACCUCAGCCACAGCCUGGACAACCUCACAUGUGGCAUCUGCUACACCGUUCAGGUUGUGGCCAUGGACGACAGCUGCUCGAGUGUCCCCAGUCAGGCUGUGAUGUUCAACUCAGCUCCUUGUCCACCUCAGGACGUGAACGCCGAGGUCAGCUGUUCGUCCAACGACAUGGUGGUUUCUUGGAAUGCCAGCGGAGAGGCUGACCACUUCCUGGUGUCAGUAACAGCGGACAACGGAGGAAUCAUGAAUUCAUGCAACACCACAACCACCGCGUGUUCCAUCAGCAAUGUGACCUGCGGAAAAAUGUUUACAGUUCGGGUCACCUCCGUCAGAGGAGCCUGCAGCAGCCGGCACACACAGAUCCACAGCAUCCCGUCAGCUCCCUGCCAGCCUCAGGGAAUCAGAGGCAGACUCGACUGUGUGUCCAAUUCUGCCUGGAUAUCAUGGAACGCCACCGACGGGGCGGACAGCUACUUUGUGUCAGCUGUAGGCGGAGAGGACCGCAUAGCCAACUGCAGCACAUCCUCCAACACUACCUGUGAGGUGGAGGACCUGGCAUGUGGCGUACUUUAUAACUUCAGUGUCAUCGCUAAGAACAGCAAGUGUGAGAGUCAGCCGAGUGCCACCAUCGGCUUACAGACAGCCCCCUGCUCCCUCUCCGCCAUCACAGCGGUCGCUCAGUGCCACAAUUCCUCCAUCCACGUCAUGUGGAAUCUGAUGGAUGGCAGCGAGGGAGACACUGUGUACAUGGCCACAGCAGAAGGCAGAGACCAAACCUACCUGUCCUGCAACAGCACCAGCACCAGCUGCUACCUGCACGGAGCACAAUGUGACUUCCACUACAAGAUCAUUGUAUCGGCUUCAUCAGACCAGUGCAGCGGGAUGAGAAGUCCAACCUACAGGAUAAGCAUGGAGCCGUGUCCGCCAAAGAACGUGACAGUCAUCCCCUCCUGUGGCGAUGCAAUGGUGUCCUGGAGCCCCUCUCCUGUUGCUGAAACAUACCAGGUUGUCGCAACGGGCGCAGACGGACACAUGCACACUUGCAACACCACCUCCAAUAACUGCAGCCUAUCGGAGCUCCACUGUGACCGCCAGUAUACAGUCUCUGUGACGGCGAGCCACGAGAACUGCACCAGCAAGGCCAGUCAGAACGUCACAGUCAGCUCAGGUCCCUGCCGGCCUGAUGGUCUCUCAGUUACGUACCACUGCAGCAACGAGUCAGCACUGCUGUCAUGGUCGCCCAAAGAUAACGCUGUAGAAUUCUUUGGCUAUGCCCAGGCUGCCAAUGGAGACAUGCUGUACUGCCGAAGCACAAACCCCACCUGUACUAUCCACAGCCUUCAGUGUGGAACAGCUUACAAUUUCUCCGUCCAGGCCUCAGAUGGGUCAUGCAACAGCUCCUUCAGUGACCCAGUGCAGAGCGGAGCAGCUCCCUGUGCCCCAGGCGCCAUCGACGUAAAGCUGAGGCCGAUGCGGGACCAGAUCCAGGUGAUGCGCUUCAACUGGACGCAGGUCACCUGCAACAACACCGAGUACAUCUUGAAGUUGACGGGAACUCUGCUGGGAGACAGCCAAUCCCAGUUCGAGCUCUCCUCCUACUAUACAAGUGUGACGUACUUUGAGAUUCCCCUCCCCUGCGGGUCGUCCUACGUCGCUACAGUGGAGAGCAGGAACGCUGCCGGUGCCAGCGACCCGUCUGCGCCUCUCAAUGGAACCACAGCUCCUUGUCCACCAUCAGGAGUGGUCUACACCGGCAACAGCUCCUUCGUCACAGUCUCGUGGAACGCGUCUGUGUUAGCCACCAUGUACACCGUGUACGACAACAGUGUCACGCCAAAGGUCCAGCUGUGCACCACUGCAGGGCUGUCCUGCUCUCUGGCCAACAUCGCCUCCACCAACCUGCUUAUCACAGCCAGCAACGCUGCCGGAGAGAGCGAGACGACAAAUGUCACGCAUGUGGUGAGAGAAGGACGCAGGAGGAGGGAUCUCAGUGAGCAAAUGGCAGCUAAUGGAGGACUUUCAGCUCCCGUACUGGACGUCAACCAUGCGAUGUCAACAGUCGUUUUCGUCGAGUGGUCUGAAGUAGCUGGCGCCACUUUCUACAACCUGAUUAUCCGGAGGCAAGACAGCUCCACCGAGCUCCAGGAGAUGACUGUGUACGGCGAGAGCAUCAUUCUCACCGACCUGAGCCGGAACGCCACCUACUGCAUCUCUGUGGAGGCCAGAGACGAGGACGCCAGCGGCCCAGAGUCAGCGCCCGUGUGUGUGCAGACAGGACAGGGCCAGACUCGUUAAGAUCGAAGUGUGCACACAUAUCCCGAUUCAAAUGUGAGGUUCUUACUGUGAAAGUGGCUGUAAGAAUUAUUUUCCAUAUUACUCAUAAUACACAACAAUAACUUUAGAUCUGGAAGACUGUGGGAUUAGAGAGGGUUGUUCUGACAUUUACAUUACUGUUUACUUCAUGAGUUGCAGUUAUGACCUGUGAUACUCAAUUAAAGCUUCUCUGUUCUGUUGUUCAAUGAGAUGUAUAUUUUGCCUGCUGUUGGUUGAGGUUAUAUAUUUUCCUUUUUUUAUACUUUAACUUUUGUAAAUUACCAGCCAUCAUAAAGGUAAUAUAUGAGGAACUGUUUCACCGUGUAUAAACCAUGUAGUAUUUUUCAUUUUGCCAUUUCUAAGUGUAUAUUUAAUAUGGAAAUUAAUUUUCAAACUGCAUUUUAAUAAAAUUAUUAAAAUUGUUUGCAUUCAGCUUCUGUGUGUUGUGUUCAUGACCCCCUCUUUUCAAAAACCAAGGACAAGAUGAGUCGUUUGUAAAAGUGUUUUAUUAGAAAACAAAAUGCAACAGAGCAGUAAUCCAAACACAGCACAAGCAGGGCUCAGUGUGUGUGAUAAAAAUUACCCUUUGCAGACCGUCCAUUUUGAGGAUUAAAACAUUCUCAGGCUGUGUACACACGACUGUGGACAGAAUCGCUUUUGUGGCGUCGCUGCUGCGCUGAAAUCAGAACUUCAACCGUUCACUUGUGAACCUUUCGAAGAACUCCCACACAUGUAGUAUUAGUCAAAUUAAAA